GCUAACAUUUGGUGUAGAUUCCUAUGGGAAGAACUUUGAAUGAAAAAGAAGUGAAACAAAUUAAUUUGUUUCAUCACCAUAAUAAUGGAGGUGGUAGAAGUGAAGUUGAUGAUGUAGCAGAUCAUUAUGGGGGUGAGAUGCUAUACGACGGUGACAAUUGUGUCUCGACUUAUGAUAAAGAUCAGCCAGAAAUGAAUUUUGGUGGUACAAUGUGGGGUGAGGGAGGUCAAGAAGAAGAUAAACAAUCCGGCAAACAAAGAUUGCUGGUUGUAGCUAAUAGGCUUCCAGUUUCAGCUACAAAGAUGCAGAACAAUGAGUGGAAGUUAGAGAUUAGUGUGGGAGGCCUUGUCAGUGCACUUCUUGGUUUGAAAGAUUUUGAGGCUAAAUGGAUUGGAUGGGCUGGGGUAGAUGUACCAGAUAAAGCUGUACAGGAAUCACUUACAAAAGCCAUGGCUGAAAAGAAAUGUGUACCAGUUUUUCUUGAUAAGGAAACUGUUAACCAGUAUUACAAUGGCUACUGCAACAAAAUCUUGUGGCCUCUGUUACAUUAUCUCGGUCUUCCUCAGGAUGAAACCUAUACCUCUGAGUCUCAUUAUGAUGUGUAUAAGAGGGCAAAUUUGUUAUUUGCUGAAGCUGUGACCAAGCAUUACAAAGAGGGUGAUAUUGUUUGGUGCCAUGAUUAUCAUUUGAUGCUUCUUCCACAAUAUCUAAAACAAUACAAUAGUAAAUUGAAAGUUGGUUGGUUUCUGCACACACCAUUUCCAUCUUCAGAAAUACAACGUACCUUGCCAACUCGAUCAGAAUUGCUGAAAUCUGUUCUUGCAGCUGAUAUCAUUGGCUUUCAUACAUAUGACUACGCAAGGCAUUUUGUCAGCGCUUGUAAUAGGAUUCUGGGACUGGAAGGUACUCCUGAAGGAGUGGAAGAUAGGGGGAAACUUACCAAAGUGGCAACGUUCCCUAUUGGGAUAGAUGCAAAUCGAUUUAUUCGAACACUUACGCUUCCAAAGGUGCAAGAAUACUUGACAAAUUUAAGGGAGAGGUUUGCUGGAAGAAAGAUAAUUUUAGGUGUUGAUUGCCUGGACAUGAUCAAAGGAAUUCCUCAAAAAAUACUUGCCUUUGAAAAGUUCCUUGAAGACAAUCCAGAUUGGUCUGACAAAGUCGUCCUGCUGCAAAUUGCUGUGCCAACAAGAACUGAUGUUCCUGAAUAUCAAAGUCUUAGACGUCAUGUACAUGAAAUUGUUGGACGCGUCAAUGGCAGAUUCGGAACACUUUCUUCUGUCCCUAUAAUUUAUUUGGAUCGUUCUCUCGACUUCCAAGCAUUAUGUGCUCUAUAUUCUAUUACUGACAUUGCACUUGUCACAUCUUUGAGGGAUGGGAUGAAUUUAGUGAGUUACGAGUCAAAACAAGUGGUCCUCAUACUUAGUGAGUUUGCUGGUGCAGCACAGUCUCUGGGGGCGGGAGCUAUCUUAGUAAACCCCUGGAAUAUUACAGACGUUUCUUCUGCGAUUGCUUAUGCAUUGAAUAUGCCUUGUGAAGAAAGAAAAUUGAGGCACAAACUUAACUUUGAGCAUGUAACAAUUCAUACUGCCCAAGAGUGGGCCAAGAUGUUUAUAAGGGAGCUCAAUGAAACUGUUGUUGAAGCUCAACUACGUACAACACAAUCGUGGACACAGCCAUUACUUCCAGUUAAUGAUGCAAUCGAGCAGUUUGUGCAAUCUGAUAACCAAUUGCUGGUUCUGGGAUUCAAUGCAACUUUGUCAUCAGUCGAAUGUCCAUUUAAAGAUGGUAAGGUUAUAGACUUGGGUUCUACCUUGAAUCCGAACCUGCAAGAGCCAUUGAGAAGGAUUUGCAAUGACUGUCAGACAACUGUAAUUGUGAUCAGUGGAAGCAAGAGAGAUGUCUUGGAUAAAGUAUUUGAUGGCUACAACGUGUGGCUAGCUGCUGAAAAUGGUAUAUAUCUACGACAUACAUCAGGUGAUUGGACAACAACGAUGCCAGAAUUCUCGGGUAUGGAAUGGGUUGACAGCAUUAAGCAUGUUUUUGAGUAUUUCACUAAGAGGACUCCUCAUUCAUUUAUUGAAGAACGUGAAACCUCACUUUUAUGGAAUUACAAAUAUGCAGAUUCCAAAUUUGCAAGGCUCCAAGCAAAGGACUUGUUGUUGCAUCUUUGGACGGGUCCAGUUUGCAGUUCUUCUGUUGAUGUUUAUCAGGGCGCACAAUCUGUAGAUGUCCGAGCAGUUGGAUUAACAAAGGGUGCAGCAAUAGACCGUAUACUAACGGAAAUAGCUUACAGUAUAGUCAUGGAUAAACCAAUAAAUUAUGUCCUUUGCAUAGGGCAUUUUCUUGGGAAGGACGAAGACCUCUAUUCAUUUUUCGAGCCAGAACCAUCAGUCCAGCCAUUAAGGUUAUCAAAAUCUAAGGCAGCAGUUGCAGGAAAUGGAUUAAAAUCAUCAGUUAAAUCAGAUAGUGCUGGUACUCAUUGCCGAAUUGCAACAUGCUCAACUGUGGAGAGUGUGGUGACAUAUGAGAGUACAACUGUACUAGAUAUCAAAAGAGAGAACUACUUUCCUUGUACUGUCGGGAGAAAGCACUCAAGAGCCCGGUAUGUUCUGGAGUCGUCUAAAGAUGUUGUUUUGCUGCUAGAGGGGCUUGCUGAGGUCUUACCAUCAUUAUGUGCAUAACUACACAACUUAGGAGUCUUAGGACUAGAGAAGUGAGAAUUAGAUAAAUAAAGAAUAAUAAACUUAGGGAAUGAUUGCAUUCUUAUGCGAUUAGAAUUAAUUAGAACAAUAAUGGCCUGAGUGAAGCAUUUCUCUGUCUUUGUACUGUAAUGCCUUAUCUCAAGCAAUAAAUUAAAGUUCCCUUGCUAAUUUUG